AUGUUCCAAGCGGACGUCAUUCAACGUUAUUUGAUUGGUGAUUUGUUGGGGAUUGGAUCCUACGGCAUAGUGAAACACUGUAUAGAUUCCAUCACUCUUAGGAGAAUGGCUGUCAAAAUAUUCAUUGCAAAGCGCAUUAGAAGGAUACCUAAUGGUCCUGAAAAUAUAUUGAAUGAGCUGAAAAUAAUGAGAAAGAUAAAACAUGACAAUAUAGUGAAGGUGUUUAACAUAACAUGUCGUGAAGAAGACCACUUUAUGAUGAUGGAAUUAUGUAAAUUUAACCUUGGCAAUGUUCUAGAGCAGUUGAAAAAUAAUCGUCUACCGAUAACUGUAGCCCACCAUUUCUAUAAGCACUUGGUUACUGGAUUGGAUUACCUCCAGAGUGUUAAAAUCAUCCACAUGGACAUCAAACCUGAUAACAUGCUGAUAAGUUAUGACAAUGUCCUUAAAAUGUCUGACUUUGGGGUGGCACAACAACUGGACAUGUUUGAUAACGAUGACACAUGCACCAGGUACAGAGGUUGCCCCAUCAUUCAACCUCCAGAAGUUGCCAGAGGAGAUGAUAAAUUCUCUGGAUUCAAACUUGAUAUCUGGUGCUCUGGUGUCACCUUGUUUAAAAUGCUUGUAGGAGAGUAUCCGUAUGAUGCAAUCAAUGAAUUCCAACUGAUAGAAAAGAUUAUAAAAGGAGUCUAUGAAAUACCUAGCUGGCUGGAUAGCAGAACCACUGGUCUACUGGAAGGUGGUGUUCUUUUUUUUUAA